GAGCAGUGAAGGCCCCUCCCUCCCUCAGAGCACAGAGAAAAUGAAACACGAGGAAAUAGCCACAAACACACAGUCUCUGGAGGACUGAGGAGAAACCUGUGGACAUGCGUGUGUAUGUGUGUGUAUGGAGCUGCAAUUCAUAAGAAACAUCAUCUGUUCAUACCUCAUUUGAAUAUCCUCAAGCAGGAAGAGUUUUGCAGACCGCAGGAUGUUCUCGUCGCUGAAGCCGUUUGAAGAGCAGCAGUUCUCAGCUCUGAGGAAACAGUGCCAGCAGAACAGGACUCUGUUUGAAGACCCCGUCUUCCCCGCUGUGGACCAGUCGCUCUUCUAUCGUGGAAACCGCAUCGGAAAAGUCACCUGGAAGAGGCCGAAGGAGCUGUGUGAAGACCCGCACUUGUUUGUGAACGGGAUCAGCGCUCAUGACCUGCACCAGGGGCAGCUGGGAAACUGCUGGUUUGUGGCGGCCUGCUCCAGUCUGGCCUCCAGAGAAGCUCUGUGGCAGAAGGUUAUCCCAGAUUGGAAGGACCAGGAAUGGGACAAGCAGAAGCCGGAGAGCUAUGCUGGGAUUUUUCACUUUCGGUUCUGGCGUUUUGGAGAAUGGGUGGAUGUUGUUAUUGAUGACCGACUGCCAACCGCAAACGGGAACCUCAUCUACUGCCACUCUAACGACAGUAAUGAGUUCUGGAGUGCACUGGUGGAAAAGCCUAUUGCAAAGUUAUGUGGAUGUUAUGAGGCUUUGGAUGGCGGGAACACGGCCGACGCUCUUGUGGAUUUCACUGGUGGAGUAUCUGAGCCCAUGGAUCUGCUGGAGGAGAAGUUCCUCCAGGAGGAGGAGGCCAGAAAUCAGCUGUUCGAGCGCGUGCUGAAGGUCCACAACAGAGGAGGCCUGAUCAGCUGCUCCAUCAGAGCCAUGAGUCAGGCGGAUAUGGAAGCCCGUUUAGACUGCGGUCUGGUCAAAGGUCACGCGUAUGCGGUGACUGAUGUGCGUAAAGUGCGUCUGGGCACCGGCCUGCUGGCGUUCUUCAAAUCAGAGAAGCUCUCCAUGAUCCGCAUGAGGAACCCGUGGGGUCAGAGAGAGUGGAACGGACCGUGGAGCGACAGCUCAGAGGAGUGGAAGAGAGUGAGUAAGAGUGAGCGAGAGAGGUUGGGAGUGACUGUGGAAGAUGAUGGCGAGUUCUGGAUGGAUUUUGAGGAUUUCUGCAAGUAUUUCACAGACCUGAUUCUGUGCCGCUUGAUUAACACGUCGUACCUGAGCAUCCACAAGACCUGGGACGAGGAAGUGAUGCGGGGCUCCUGGUGUCGCCAUGACGACCCUUUAAAGAACCGAUCAGGAGGCUGCAUCAACCACAAAGCCACGUUCCUGCAGAACCCACAGUAUGUGUUCGAUGUGACGAAGCCAGAGGACGAGGUUCUGAUCUGCCUACAGCAGCAGGACAAGAGAGUUCGAUCUAAAGACGGCAAAGGAGAAAAUGUGGCCAUCGGCUUUGACAUCCAAAAAGUGGAGCUCAACCGGACGUACCGCAUGCACUCCAUCCAGAAAACAGUGGGCAGCUCCAUCUACAUUAACUCCCGCAGCGUGUUUCUGCGCAAGGACCUGAAGGAGGGCCGCUAUGUUGUCAUUCCCACGACCUUUGACCCCGACCUGCAGGAAGACUUCCUGUUGCGCAUCUUCACAGAUGUACCUGCCGCCUGCAAGGAGCUGACGACAGACGAGCCGCCCCAUACCUGCUGGACGGGGUGUUGUGGGUAUCCCAAGCUGGUCACACAGGUGCAUGUCCACAGAGCAGAUGGACUCCAGGCUCAGGACUCAGAUGGAGCGUCUGAUCCGUACGUCAUCAUCAGCUGUGAGGGAGAGAAGGUUCGCUCUGUGGUGCACAAAAACACACGGAACCCGGACUUUGAUGUGAAGGCUGUGUUCUACAGGAAGAAGCAGAAGGAGCCGAUCCGCAUUCAGAUCUACAACAAGAACCUUCUGAAGGACUCGUUCAUGGGUCAGGCGGUCCUGAGCGGCGAUCUGUCCGACCUGCAGCAGCUUCACACGCUUCACCUGCGGGACAAAGCAAACCGGCAGAACAACGAUCUUGCAGGUCUGGUGUCGGUGAGCCUCACUACCAGCGACGUCCUGACCAACAUCUGAGCGCUUUACGCCGACUGCGGUGGGCUUUCGGCACGCUCUGUGCCUGGGAUUAAUCGUGGACACUCUCGACAUGUUGUAUUACAUUUAUACUUGCAUGCUCUUUAUUAGAGCUGGGGCAAAAAAUCAAUGCAUCGCGAUUCGUGGAUCGAUUCUGAGAUUAUUGGAACGCAUCGUGAUUCUCUCUGGAAUCGAUUCUGAGCUUAGAAUCACGAUGCAAAUGUCAAAAUCGAUGCAGAAUAAUUACGUCGAUUUAUUGUCCCAGCUCUCUCUGUGUGGAGUCCUUUGGGAAUGUUUCUUGGAAGCGAAUUUACUCGUUUACAAUCACUUUUUAAAACCUAAAGAGACAGUUCGGCCAAAUUCUGCAAUCAUUUACUCGCCCUCAAGUCGUUUCGAACUUCUGUUGAACAUAAAAGAAGAAAUUUGGAAGAUUUUGUUGUUCACUCGCGGUAGCCACUGACUUUCAUAGUAGGGAAAAAAUACUAUAGAAGUCAAUGGGUACCGUCAGCUGUUUGGUUACCAACAUUCUUCAAAAUAUCUUCUUUUGUGUUCAACAGCUAAAAGAAAUACAUACAGGUUUGGAAGAGGUGAGUAAAUGAUGACAGAAUUGUCAUUUUUGGGUGAACCGUCCCUUUAAAUGUGUAAUUUUCUGCUAUAUAUAUAUUUAAAUUAAGAUAUUGUAGGACAUGCAUUUAUAUCAGUAUAUGAAUCAACAUUAUAUCUUAUACCACUAUCUACUAUUCAAGUAUGUAGUCAUGAAUUCAGUUUUAUAUUCUGUCUAUUAUCAUAAUUUGGCCUUUCAUCUGAAAUGGAGGGUAAAGGGCUUCUUCUGUUUAAUCUGUUUGCACUAAAUGUUGAAAUAUGGAGGGCAUUCCUGUUUUUCUAUUUCAAAUAUUUGCCAUUAUCUUGACCACAUGUUGAUUUUAUCACGCUUUUGUUAAAGGAAACAUUUUUUAUCCAGUGUUUACCAGAAUCCAGGAUUCAUUUAAGGAAUGCAUGAUGAGUAUAAAUCUGUUUCAGAGCCAUACAGCUGUUAAAAAAUACAUUUUGAACCGUGAAUAUAAAUGAUCACUUGCAAAUAUUGUUUACUAUAUUGUAUGCUAGCAUCACUUGUGUAAAGACCUGUUCUAACCACUAGGUGUCAGUAUGUCAACAGACGAAGAAGCAGGGUUUUUUUCCAAUUUCAAGUGGUAAUAUGCAAAAAAAAAUAUUACACACUAUAUAACCACUUCAAUUUUAAAAUCAUUUUCUGCCUCUUCACAGAAUGGAAAUAGUCACAUGCAAACUUGAAAAAUUUAAAUGUCAUAAAGCCAAAUUCUACAUUAUUCCACUCUGUUUUUACUCUAAUAGCAAAUGCCAAGAUGCUUUUUAGAUGCGAAAUAUGAGAAUUUCACUAUAACUGUGCCACUUUACGAUCACUAUGAACUAUUUGUGUUUCAUUUUUUGUUCUUUUUCCGUUUCUUUGUGUGUAAUGCCUGUUGUUUACAUGUAGAUGUGCCUUAUCAGAACGGGUAAAAUAGCCAAAGAAAUCUUGAUCAUAUUCUGUGAUGUAUCUUUUUGUAUAUUGCGAUUGUUUUUCUCACUGUUUCACAUAAGGAAAUAAAGUUUCAUUGAAUGUUCA